CUUUCGUGGCCGAGGAACGCGUAGUCUUGUUGCGAAGUUGUGCAGCGCUAUAAAAGUAGUUGUGUCCCAGCACCGUGUUUGUUUCAGUUUACCGUGAGUGUUAUCCCCAGGCCGUUAGUCCGUAAAUUUUUGUGAAACCCAUUGAAAUUGGAAGUUAAAAGAUGAGUCUCGUCUGGACUUUGAUCGCGACCUUCCUUUAUGCCGAAAUCGGCGUAGUUUUGUUGCUCGUUUUGCCCAUCACGAUAGCAACGAUUGCGCAUGCAUAUUUCUUGCUUUUGGUCGGCAUCUGGAUUCUAUUUCUGUCGUUAGUGAUCCGCCGGUUGGUGACCUUGAUUUCCACCCAAGCGACGCUUCUCGCCCAGGCAGAGGUCUCCAUGAAGCAAGCCCAGAGUGCCACCACCGCUGCUCGCAGUCUCUUCGAACAGAAAGCAAAGUCGAGUGACGCAGAAGAGGUCAAAUAG